GUCAUAGUCAUAGCUGGUACUGCAGGGACUGGGAAGUCCACUGUGGGUGUCGAAGUUGCUAAAAAGUACAAUUCAAAGUUCAUUGAAGGUGACAGUCUUCAUCCAAAAGAGAAUGUUGACAAAAUGUCAAAUAACAUUCCUUUAACAGAUGAGGAUAGAUGGGGAUGGUUGGAACAAAUUGCAUUACAAUCUGCAAAAGCUGCUAGUGAAGUCGAUUCAAAAGUAUCUGUUGUAUCAUGUUCAGCAUUGAAGAAAGUUUAUAGAGAUUAUAUCCAAGAAAAAUCUCAAGACACCAAGUUUGUCUUUGUGUUCUUAUAUGCUACAAUUGAUGAACUGAUUAGAAGAACUCAACUUAGAUUGAAACACUAUAUGAAAUCAACAAUGUUGGAGAGUCAAUUUGCCAUUACAGAACUUCCAAAACCUGAUGUGGAACCAAAUGCUCAAGUUAUUGAUGUUACUAAAAAGACUGUUGAUGAAGUG